CUACUCCUGACCCAACAGUUAGCCCCCAGCAUGGCGUCUCCUGAGCUCUCUUCCCAGCCCAGCAGUCAGAUUCAGGCUUUGGCCUCAAUCCAUUCACUGCUGGAGUGGGUCACUCUGAGUGGCUCCUCAUGAGAAGUGGUUCCUUUCACUUUACCUGGGUUUCUAAGAGCCCUCUACUUCCUGACACUGUUUAAGUGUUAUGUUACCCUUGAGAGAGACCCUUACACAUGUCACAAAGAAACGGAACUGCCAGAUCUGUGGUGACAAUGAGACAGUAAUAUAUUAACGCUAAACUGUAUUCUAAGUCUGGGCUUCUUUCCAAGCAACAGGACUGCUCAGUAUGGAUAAACACCCACAACCCAGCCUGCAGUGUGUAGUCACUUGCCUUUAUUAUAUUGGUGAAAUCCUGCCUCAUUUUAGGAUGGUGAUUUAAUCCAAGGUGCAGCCGGAUUGAAUACAAUUAGAAGUUUUCAAAUGUAAAUUAGUCAACUCAUAACUUAUAUGGGAAAGAUGACUUCUGGCAACCUGUGUCCUGAAAGUGGAACUUCAACAUUGCACUCCCAAGAAAAAAAUAACUCCAUGAACGGAAACAACCAGCACAUACAUCCGUGAAGAAACCAUGAAGAUGUUAACGAAUUAUCUGAGGUGAGCAGGCACACUGGAGACAUCUUUCCUGCAGUGAAGAAGUGGAACAUUCAUAGCACCCCAGGAGACUUACGUGCAUUCUUCCAAUGCAAUUAUCCAAACCACAGAAUUUAAGAAAUUUUCUCAUAGUCCAAUUGCAAGCAUUUCUACCCUGGAGACACCUGCCAUGUUUUCUGGUUUAUAUGCACUUAAAUGCCUAUGCUGUGGUGAGAACAACAUUACCCAGAAGACUGUGCCCCGAAAGUCCUGCCGCCUUGGGCCAAUGAAGGCCCAGAAGAGGAGCGCUUCCGCGAGUGCGCGCUACGCCGGGGCGGGGCUUCCGGUGUCUUCCUUGCGGUGGUCAUCUUGGCAGUCGAUUGCGUCCGCCGGGCUGGCGGCUGCGCGUGGCUGGCUGGGGCCCAGGUAACGAGCUGGAAAGGGCGAGAGGAGCGCGUCUGAGCGUCACUGGGGCGAUCUGCCCCGGCGCCCCUCCCGGAUCUCCGCCCUCGUUCCGCGCGUCUCCCGGUCGCGAUCCGCCGCGGGCUGCUAUGGCGGCGGCCGAGCCGGUGAAGCUGCCACAGGUCAGGGGUGCGUUCCCCGGAUCUUCCCCCAAAUCGUAAAGCCCCGGAUGAGGAUCGCCUGCUCAGGUCGCUGCCUUCAGGCGCCCAUCUCCAGAACGAUUACCAUGGCAACAGAAGGGAUUGUGGAACCAUCACAGGGCCAUGUGACCUUUGAGGAUAUUGUGGUGUACUUCUCCCAGGAGGAGUGGCAGAUCCUUGAUGAAGCUCAGAGGUGCCUGUAUCACGACGUAAUGCUGGAGAACUUUGCACUUUUGGCCUCAGUGGGUUGUUGGCAUGGAGUAGAGGCUGAGGAGGCCCCCCCCGAGCAGACUGCUUCCACAGAAGGUGUGUCACAGGCCAGUUCUCCAAAGCCAGGUCCUUCCAUCUCAAAUGCUCAUUCCUGUGAGAUGUGUAUCUUGGUCAUGAAAAAUAUAUUUUACCUGGCUGAGCACCAGGGAGCACUUCCUGGGCAGAAAUUGUACACUUGUGUGGCAUGUGGGAAACACUUUUCAUUCGAUUUGAAUCUACACCAGAACCAAAACCAGCACAGUGGAGAUAAAUAUGUCAGAAUGAAAGACAACAGGACCUUGCUUGUAAAUAGCUGCAAAAUCCCUGUGUUGGGCAACCUUUUUAAAUGCAAAGAUGUUAAGAAGGAUUUCCUAGUCACCCAGUGCCUUCUCCAGCACCAGAAUACCCACAGUGGAGAGUAUCCACAUAGAAGCAGGGAGACCUUUCACACUCAGCAAAGGCAUUACAAAUGUAGCAAAUGUGAGCAAGUUUUCAAGGAGAAGGUUCAUGCCGUUGAGCAUCAGAGAGUUCACACUGGAGAAAAAGCUUAUAAAUGUAGUGAAUGUGGGAAAUCCUGGAACUGUAAAUACUCACUUGUUCGGCAUCAUAGAACCCAUAAUGGACAAAAGCCUUAUGUGUGCAAUGUAUGUGGGAAAUCAUUCCUCCAUAAGCAAACGCUCGUUGGACACCAGCAGAGAAUUCACACUGGAGAAAAGUCUUAUGUGUGCAUCGAAUGUGGGAAAUCCUUAAGCUCCAAAUACUCACUUAUUGAGCACCAGAGAACCCACAAUGGAGAAAAGCCUUAUGUGUGCAGUGUAUGUGGGAAAUCAUUCCGCCACAAACAAACAUUUGUUGGCCAUCAGCAGAGAAUCCACAGUGGAGAAAGGCCUUACAUGUGCAUAGAAUGUGGGAAAUCCUUUAUUCGAUCCUCUGACCACAUUAGACACCAGAGAAUUCACACUGGAGAAAGGACUUACGUGUGCAGUGAAUGUGGGAAAUCUUUCAUUUACAAACAGUCACUUCUUGAUCACCAGAGAAUCCACACUGGAGAAAGGCCUUAUGAGUGCAGUGAAUGUGAGAAAGCCUUCAUCCAUAAAAGAAGACUUCUUGAGCACCAGAGGAUCCACACUGGAGAAAAGCUUUAUGUGUGCGUCAAAUGUGGAAAAUCCUUUAUUCGAUCCUCUGACUACAUGCGACACCAGAGAAUUCACACUGGAGAAAGGGCUUAUAAAUGCAGUGAAUGUGGGAAAGCCUUCAUCUCCAAACAAACACUUCUUAAGCACCACAAAAUCCAUACUAGAGAAAAGCCUUAUGAAUGUAAUGAAUGCAGGAAAGGCUUCUACCUUGAGCGUAAGCUUUUUCAACACCAAAGAAUCCACAUUAAAGAACUUUAUGAGUGCAGUGAAUGUGGGAAAGCCUUCAGCCACAAAAAAAGACUGCUUGAGCACCAGAAAGUUCACACUGGAGAAAAGCCCUGUGAGUGUAGUGAAUGUGGAAAGUGCUUUAAACACUAUACCAGCCUCAUUCAACACCAGAAAGUUCACACUGGAGACAGGCCUUAUAAAUGCACUGCAUGUGAGAAGUCCUUCAUCUACAAAAAUAAACUUGUAGAGCAUCAGAGAAUCCACACUGGAGAAAAGCCAUAUGAGUGCAGCAAAUGUGGGAAAGCUUUCAACAAAAGGUAUUCCCUCAUCAGGCAUCAGAAAGUUCAUACAGCAGAAAGGCCCUAGCCGUUGAUGGGAUGUAUGAUUACCUUGUUCACCAAAACACCAGAGAGCAGAUUUUUCAAGGCAUCCAUCAGACAAAUGAACCUCAUACAUCUGAAGAUCACCAGUUGGAUGAUUCACUUUGAGGUCCAAGUACUUGGGAAUCUUUCUGGACUUUGGCUUUCUUAUCUGUCUGGCAUUGCAGCAUACACUACAAUGCGGCAUAUCCCCACAGUGCCUAUCAGUCACUCACAUGUGCUGAAGGCAUGCAGACUUUUGUGCUCACCAAAUUCUGAAGGGAAUUGUGAAUAAUAUGAGCCUAUUGGGGGUCUUCUUCCAACCUGCUGGAUUGUUUUAAGGCAUAGAUAGGACCUAUCUUUGACCAAGAAGAGUUAUUUGGGUUCUGGUAGCCUAGGGAGGUUUACCUUCUUUGUGGAUAUCAUUUUUUAAUGUGAGUGCCAUGGUAGAGAUUCCCCUACUCCACCAAGGAGGAAAAUGGCACAUCUUACCGUUUGCUGAUGUUUGUGCUAAAGACCUUAUUGUUUAGACCACCUUUAAUCUUGGAGGCUGUGUGUACUGUGUGGCUUGGGUUUAGAACAGAAUCAUGUUCUGGGUUUAGAACAGAAUCAUGUUCUACCAGUAUGAAGGGUAAAGAGCUUUUGUGGGAACUACGACUUUAUGUGCCCCCCAAGGGCACAGGAUGAUAUCAAAGAAUAGUUCUUAGUUCUGGCCAGGUGUGGUGGCUCAUGCCUGUAUUCCUAGGACUCUGGGAGGCUGAGGCAGGCGGAUUGCUCGAGGUCAG